CUUCACAUCUUAAUUCGACACCUACUAGCGGAUAUCUCGGUUAUAUUUCACAGUACUUAUUAAUGAUGAUUUCUUCGUGGAGAAGGCGAAGAGCAGCCCGCCUUGCUGGAAAGCAACAAGAUAAGAACAGCGACGGUAACAACAUGGAGUUGACUAUUCCGAGCCAUUUCCGGUGUCCGAUAUCGCUGGACUUGAUGAAGGAUCCUGUCACUUUGUCCACCGGCGUAACUUACGAUCGGGAGACCAUUGAAAAGUGGAUUGAGGAGGGAAAUUUUAGGUGUCCUACCACAAACCAGGUCUUGGAAAGUCUUGAAUCGGUGCCGAAUCGCACCAUACUGAGGAUGAUUCAGGAUUGGUGCGUGGAGAAUCGGUCUUAUGGCAUAGAGAGAAUCCCUACACCUAGGAUUCCAGUCAGCCCGGCGGAGGUUUCAGAGAUUCUUUCCAGGGUCACCGUUGCUUGUAAAGAAGGAGAUCAAGUCCGGUGCCGAGAUUUGGUAGCAAAACUCAAGGGGCUAGCAAAAGAAAGUGAGCGAAACAGAAAGUGUAUUACAACCAGUGGGUCAGCAAGUGUUCUAGCGGAAGCAUUCGAGGCAUUUUCGACCGGAGCUCUUGACGAAAACGUUGCUGUUUUGGAGGAGAUACUGUCAACCCUAACGAUGGUGUUUCCUUUUCACGAUGAUGCAAAUGCUUUCUUAGGAACAUCGUCGUCCAUGCAUUGUAUAAUAUGGUUUUUGAGUAGUGGAGAUCUAUCGAGGAGGACAAACGCGGUUUUGGUGUUGAAGGAGCUCUUUUCAUCCAAUCAGAGAAAGGUGAACCAGGUAUUGGAGAUCGAAGGAGCCAUCGAAGCAUUGUUCAAGAUGAUUAAAGAGCCAAUCUGCCCUUCUACCACGAAAGCUUCCCUAACCAUCAUUUAUAAAUUGGUCACAUCCCCUUGUACAUCAGAAAAUGUUUUAUCAACGUUGGUACACAUGGGGUUGGUAUUAUUGUUACUAGAAACCCUAGUGGAAUCCGAAAGGAGCAUAUGCGAGAAGGCGUUGGGCAUUCUAGAUGGAAUUUGCACAAUCGAAGAAGGGCGAGAAGCAGUUAGCAAUAACGCUCUGGGCAUACCGGUUUUGGUGAGGAAGUUACUCCGGGUGUCAAAUCUGUCUACCGAGUUCUCUGUGUCCAUUCUGUGGAAGCUUUGCAAGAUGGAGAAAAAUGAUGAAGAUUGUGGAGGCGUUAAUCUUGUUGUUAAUCAGGCUCUUCAGGCGGGUGCUUUUCAGAAGCUAUUGUUGCUUUUGCAAGUUGGAUGUGAGGAUAGAACGAAGGACAAAGUGACUGAAGUUUUGAAGUUGUUAAAUCUUUAUAGGGAUAGGAUGGAGUGCAUCGAUUCUUUAGAUUUCAGGGAUUUAAAGAGGCCUUUUUGAUUCAAAUUAAUUAGGAUGAAUUGGUUAAUUUGAGUUUCUGUUUAUAAUUUAUAGUAUGUAUACAAACAGGAAACACAAGGACAAAAUUUAUAGAAGUGUGUUAUCGUAGUUUCGGUUUUCUUUAUUGAUAGAAGUUCUUUGUUUAAAAGAGAAGUUGCAGUACUCCAAUCCAAUACAAACCUAAUAUCAUU